UUACAUUUCUAGCCACACAGGUCUGUUGGGCGCGGUUGGGUGCGUCUUCGUCUCCUGCGCUACCACUGCAGCUUGUUGUGGUAGCCUACAGGUUGUCAGCGCUACUGUUUCAUCCAAUCCAUGCAGGAGGUCAACAAACGUUGUCUGGGAACAUAAAGAAAUGACAGUGAUUAGCUAAGGGUAGACUACUGCUGACCAAAUAGUUCGACUUUGCUAGUGAAAUUAGUGCGCAGACAUGAACAUAUCCACCUGUCCCAGAUGCGACAUGUCUUUCAAGUCUUUGCUAUUGCUUGAAAAACACAAGGAAAAGUUUUGCAUUGGUAGUGCCAGGCCUAUGAGAGAGUCUGAAACACCGAAAGAUCUGGCAGAAAGGUUGAAUGGUCGUAUGAGGCACCAUCUGGAGCACAGAGGGCAUCUAGAAACCGAAGCCCAGAGGAAAACAGAACCCCAAACUGAGUUUAAACUCAGGAGGGAACCAACAGGAUCCACAGUUAAACCUCUGACAAUGGAUGGACACAACUCUCAAAUCAGUGGUCUUGCAAUGCACCAUGACAAGAAAUUAGCUGACCUGUCAAAUGCAACCAAACAACUGCAGAAGAAACACAGAGAGAUAGAUGCUAAGCUGCUGGAGAUGGCCACUCAGGGGAAGGCCGUCUCUGAGAUGGAGAGGAUGCUGCAGAACCUGAAGGCUCAGGAGGAAAGGAACACCCAGCUGCUGGAGGCCAUGAUGACACAGCUGCUCACCCUGCAGGCAGACCCCAGGCAGCAACCCACACAGGACCACAAGCAACAGCAGCAACAGCAACGAGAAGCAUCUCAAAGCAGACAGAAUGAUGCCCAGGAGAGAGGGGCACAGACCUUUGUUCCUCUCUAUAUGGGUGGAUUACUGUCCUCAGAAAUCAGUAAUGUGCGUCUGUCCUACCUGCAACAUGGCGGCCGCAGUCCUCAGGUGUUGGCCCAGCUGCAGGAGCUUCUGAAUGAAGCCCUGCAGGUGGAAAUGCAUCAUGGGAAACAACCCAACCCCAAGACGCAUCAAAGAGAGCCGAGUAAACGGAGGUAUGAUUCUGACUGGUACCAAAUCAACAAACAGCUCAUCACCACAGAGAUAGAGAACCAGAAGCUGGAGGAAGAACUCAGGACUGCUCAGCUGAGAAAGAGCAAAGGCUCCAGACCGCCAUACUCUACACACAUGGGACCACUCAGGGGACAAGAAGUCCAAGCCAUGAAGAUGGAUAUUGACCUGCUGAAGCACGAGCUUGAGAUAAACCGCUUGAGAAGACAGAUACGCACAAGGAGGACACCGCGAUCACCAUCACUGUUUCCCUCACUGGAGGAGGUCAGAUCCCAGACGCCAGCCCUCACCAAGUAUCUGUAUGAGCAGACAGAUGCGCUCGGACCAGCUUCAUAUGACCCUGUGGCAGGUUUUGUGGUGUUCUAUGACUUCCUGCUGGGUCUGAGCCUGUCGUACCGCCUGUGCCGCCUGACGGUGGGGCUCUUCAGUGGAGAUCAGGAACUGGGCGCCCCCUCUCUCCUGCCCCCAGUGCAGUGUGAGCUCUCCUCCCCAUGCCACCCCCCAGGGCAGCACAGGGGCCAACUCGCCGUGCUUGCCACCAAGCAGGCUGUGCCCAGAGUCCACCCUGCCCCUGCACUCUCCUUAGUGCUUCACCUGCAGGCCUCAGGAGGAUAUGACACGCUUGGACAGGAAGUGACCCGUCUGCUGUCCCGGGGCUGGGUGAAAGUGGAUGUGUUUGACCAGCACAACCGUGUUAUCAGUGGGAGGUGGAGAGUGCCCCUCCGACUGCUGCCGACCAAACCAUCCAUGACGACCGGAGAGAUGAACGCUGUGCCUCAGCUGGACAGUGCAGAACUGUAUCUGAGAGUUGUGAAUGCUCGAGAUGCAGAUGCACACAGUUCCAUCCCCAUCAGCCAGAGCAUGGCAUCUCUCUACCGAUUCCCUCCUGUGGUUACCACGAGUAGACGUCUCCCUUCACAGUAUGCGUUUGAGUCCUGUGAUCGGAGCAACAAGACCCAUCAGUACCCAUCAGAGCCCGCUCCACCGACCAAUACACUGUCUGGUGACCAUGGUGACCUGGCCGCUCCACCGACCAAUACGCUGUCUGAUGACCAUGGUGACCUGGCCGCUCCACCGACCAAGACACUGUCUGGUGACCUGGCCGCUCCACCGACCAAUAUGCUGUCUGGUGACCUGGACCAGUGUUUUUCAACCUUAUUUGUGCCACGGCACACUUUUGACACUUAAA